AUGGUAGACAUUUCAGGACGCAAUUCUACUUUAAACAGAUUCUCACGCAUAGCAUAUCAAGGCAUAUUUCGUCGAAACUCGGUCUUCCUUGUAGGUAUAUUUGCAACCGCUUUCACUUUUGAAUUGGUCUUUGACACUGUCGCUGACAAAGUUUGGGAUAACUUAAACAAAGGGAAACAAUGGAAAGAUAUCAAAGAUCGUUAUUCUCUGAAAUAA